CCAAGGGGAGAGGUACUAAGUUCAGUCAAACGACUUCAUCGAGCUACAGCAGCAGCUGCUGCUGCUACAGACGGUGUCGACGUGAACGCGAUGACGGUGCGUUACGUUGAGACAAUAAUAAAACUAUUACCAUGCGCCUGUGCCAAAUAAACGAGCUCAGAAAAAAAAACAGAACUGGGAGAGAACUCAUAAAGUGCAACAAGUGCAGUCAGCAAUGAGUUUUCGGAGUGGGGAAAAAGUUUAAAAUUGAGUUCAGCUUCAAUGGCGGUGUGAAACGGGAAGCGGAAGUUCAAUCGAUCCAACUGUGCAGUUUCCGUGGGUAACGCGCGAGCUUCAAUGGAGUGAUGCAGCUGAUGAAACAGUUUUCGCUGCACUCUUCAGUUGAAACGGAAAGUUUUCACUCCUGGCAGCAAUUGUGUGAUGAUUGAGUUAGGGAGUAAUGAUCCGGAUAGUGGUCGCGACAGUGGAACCGUUUGUGGACGUUUUUCCAUCGCCAUUGAUGGGAAGAUUCAGAGGUGCGUGAUUUACCUGUCGAUUGUGGCGCUGGCACUAACGAGUCUCGGUUAUGAUCCAUUUUUGAGAGUCGAAGAGAGAAAGGCAGCAGAGGCUGCCGAAGCGGAGGCUGCAUAUGAAAGUUUCUACGCAGGACUGGAAGAGGAAGCGGAUGAAGAUGCGGAUGAUAUUGAAAUCAAUUACCAGCCGAAUUUAUACUUGGCACGAAUAUUGACGCCAUGUCUGACAUGUUGGCUCAUAACCAAAUCGAAUGACCUUCAUUUGGUGAACACGAUCUGUGGCCUUGGACAUUUGGCUGUGAGCUUGUUUUAUAUGUUUCUGAUGCUGUCGAGGGAUGUGAAUGCUCUUGUCUCGAUUUGCGGCUUCAUUUCAGAGAUUUUUUGGGCUGGAAAAAUAGUGUUAUAUUACUACCAAAUAUUAAGCCUCAGCGAUGUCACCGACCGAUAUGCAAAUAUAAUUUAUGGAGUGAUAGCUCAAAGUUUUGGAGCCAGUUUACUUCCCUGGAUUGUCAAUAGUCUCGAAGAAUCUUGGGAACAGUCGCAGCAUAUAAUAAACAUUGCUGUGGCACUUAUCCAUCUAUUAUUGUUUCACCCAUUCGGACACUGUGAAGAAUCAUCGAAACAAGGAUCAUUCGAAGCAAACAAGGCAUACAAAUUCCAAACACUCGUCUCGAUAUCUACGCUCAGCGUUAUUAUACUCUCGGCCAUCAGUAAUGUCACCCUUCAGUGGUUUCUGAACAACAACGAGACUCUCUUGAGAUCAUUUCUACCUUUCUUCGUUGGUGAUGAUGCUUGGGAAACAUUCUGGAAUGUGGUUUACCACGGAAUUGCCUUCACUUUCCUGGGAUUCUUUUGUAUAUUCCUUUCCACUAGUCAAGUCCUCUUUGCAGCUUUCCUGGUUAACUUUCUCGCUGGAACCGCAUAUUUGUACCUCGAGGAGGACAUUGCAGCCAGACUGGCGAUACCAACGGGGGCGUUCACGUUUGCGACCGCGCUAGCCUUGUUGGCGGAGCUAUGUCCAAGGGACAGACUUAUUCCCUUGCUGGGAAUUAUCUUCGUCAUUGUGAAUACCGCAACAUACGGCUAUUUCGGACUGUUGACCUUGUUCUGGAGCUCACCGGAUAUUGUGAUCAUUGUGGUUUGGGCGGCAAACGGAUUCUUCGCGUUGAUACUGGCGGUACUUUGGCGUGAACUCAGUCAGCUUUCGCGAGAGGACCGAGUGGCUCGACCGGAUCGGAGUGGAAGUUUUCGGACUGUGAUUACAACUAUUUCGUGAUGAUUGUUCAAUUGUAUUGGACCAAAUGAAUGAAGAUUAUAAUAAAAUUAUGCUGGUU